AUGUCCCAUCAAGGAGCAGCUUUGCAGAGUUACAACAAUGAACUUGUAAAAUGUAUAGAGGAACUGUGCAGCAAGCGAGAUGAAAUCCAUCGUUCAAUCUUGCAGGAAGAGGAGGAGAAACACAAGCUUCAGAAUGACAUUAGAAUUCUCACAGAGAAGCUUGCAAAGGUGAAUGAAUCGCUUGCUAAGAAAAUAGCGUCACGCAGUGAGUUUGACAAGACCAUUGCAGAAACAGAAGCUGCAUAUAUGAAGAUACUGGAGAGCUCUCAGACCUUACUCAGUGUUCUCAAAAGAGAGUCUCAGUCUCUGAGAGAGAAGCCGUCCCCUGCACCAGGGGCUCCGUCACAAAGAAACCAGCCUUCUUGA